CCAGUCCGCGCGGGCGCGGCUCGGCAGGGGGGCGGUGCCGCGGCCGUGGGGGAGCGGUCGCCAUGCUGCGGGAGCUGCGGCGGCGCUGGCGCUCCUACAAGUACCGCUUCGUGCCCUGGCUCGCCCUCAACCUCCGCCGCCAGCGCAGGACCCUUCGAUAUGUUCCUGAAAGCUCUCAAGACAAAAUAAUUGCUGAUGAAGAUGUCUAUGAAACACUACUGAAAACAUUUAAAGCUCUGUUCAUAAAUGACUUCAGUAGACAAGCAGAUAUUCUGGCCUUACUUCCAGAAGUCAAGCGUCAGUAUCUAGAAUUACUUACUGUGGAGCAGAAGCGGUCAGGAGUAAAUUCUUGUAGCCAUCAGGCUCAGCACGUGUUUUGUCCUGAGGAAGUUUUGUUUAACACACUUGGGUUCACUGUUAGCAGAGACCGGAGUUCGCUGGUGUCUGCUGGAACUGGAGUCUUUGUUACCAAAGGUUUUGUUCCCAAAGGGACGGUUGUGUCUAUGUAUCCUGGUAAUGGAAUGUUCUUAUUUUUGAUUAAGUUAGAUGGGACUUCUCACCAUCUGAUCAUGGAAUGCCAAAGAUCUACACUAAUUUUUAUUCUGUGCAUUGAUGGUGUCCUUAUUGAUGGGAAUGAUAAAGGACUGUCAAGAUCAGUGUACAGGUCUUGCAGCAGAAGAGACCAACUUGGCCCUUUUCAAAUGAGUGAUGAGAGCUGGCUCACAGCCACCCUGCAAAACCCACUGGCAGUGGGACAGUAUGUCAACAACUGCUCACAUGUUUCCCUCCUGGUAUGUCAAAUGAAAGGCACACACUCCAAAAGUGAGAUGGUGGGAAAGCAUACCUGGCAAAGUACCACCGGACUAAGACAGUUUAGAGUUGCAGAUCAAGUUUCCCAGUAUUGUUCCAUGAGGCUUCAUGAGAAAACUGCCCACAGUGACAUCUACAAAAAAGCAGCAAAUGUGUGUUAUCAAGAGUUUGACGUGCCAGGACAUUUUCCAGUAGAACUGAAACAAUAUCUUCCAAACAUCGUCUACAGCCAUGACAUAGAGAGCCACUUGAGGUGUGUAGUUCUUGUCACUCUCAGAGACAUCAAGCAAGGAGAAGAACUUUUUUCAAAUUAUUACACUGUUGUCAGCUGAAUUAAUAGAUUCAAAACUGAAGAAAUCUGUGUCAAUAAAAUAUGUAUAGUGCCUAUACUUCAAGCUUGAUCAUCAUUUUUGUGUAAGGGAGAGCUCUAGUUUUACCAUCCAGAGAGCAAAACUGUAGAAAUUCAGCAAAAUUUAAUUUCUCUGAAAAUAAUCUGCAUUUGAUGUACAGGUGAAGACUUAACCAUUUACAUCAUUAGGUUCUCAGAUGUCUGCUGUUGUUGAUGUUUCUGUAUAUUGGUGUUCAGCUGUCCAUAAGGUAGUUCAUAAAAUUAAAACUUAAGUUCUGGAUAUGCAAUUUAAUCUACCAGAUUGCACAGUUGUCUGUAAUUGGGAAUGUUGUAGUGUAUUUCCAUUUAAUUUCCUUUAAAUGGACGCAGCUCGUAAGAAUGGCUAUCCUCUUGAAUUGUAUAAUAUAUAAUGCUAAUCUGCAUAGUUCACAGUAGUUACUAGGUCUUUUUUUGGUUUUCUUGAAAUUGACCCAUUUGGUAUCAGCUUGCUUUUAAAAAACACAGCAGUACAGGCAGCUGUCCUAAUCUUGUAUGAAGCCCAUUUUGGAUCCAUGCUGAUGGGCCCCUCAGCUGUACUUGCAUGGUGCACUGUCCUCUUGAGGCCAUCUUGAGCUGCUGGCUUUAGCUGUGCCAGUCCUGUGUGUCUUUAAGCCUCUUCCAGUCCUGAUUCCAGUGAUUCAUGGCAAGUUUCCUGGCAUGUGGCAAAUUCCAUUGCUUUUAUUCGCAAGAGGACUUCAUUAAUCAGUUGCUGGUAUAAACAGGGCCAGCUAUUUGUACAUUAACUUUUGCUGCUGUCUGCAAACUGCUUUCAGAAAGAUGAAACCAGUAUUUAACUGCAGAAGUUCAAGCAAGCCUCCCAGUGGAUUUGUGGUUGGCGUAAGCUCAUGAGAGAGGAGGAACUGGGAAAUGCUGUGCUGUUACAAAUUGGGUAGUGGUUGGGGCAGCCAGGGUUCCCUGCUUAGCUGCUGAGACAUCAUCUCCUUUUCAGAAUGCAAAGCUUUGUGAUGUUUGCAUUACGUGGUCUGUUUCCAAACCUGAACCUUGCCUGUCACAUUCAUUUGGAAGUCCUUCAGUGCCAGAGGAGGCAGUGAAGGACAGGCUAUUUCAGCAGUUAACCAGCUGAAGCUAACCAGCAGAGCUCUGAGAUAGUGGCAUCAGGCUCAGCAUGGAUUGUGCCCAUUUUGUGAUGAUGAUCAGGGCAACUUCUAGUGACAUUCUUUGUGUCUUCACUGCUUGGUAAGGCAUCAGAGCAGUGACCAGCAGUCUGCUGAAGAGAGAAUUCAUCCUCCGUGACCCUGAAGAUCCCUUCUCUCCUGAGCUGACUCUUCUCAGCUCUCUGUGAGGUUAUUGGGAUCUCUUGAUCUGUGAAGGAAGCUGGAUGUCAAGAGCACUUGAAGUAUUCCUAGUGUGGGGGGGAGCGGUUCCCCAGGCAGCUCCCAUGGCACUCUGGAAGGAGUAGAGUAGGAAAGGUGUGUGUGUGUGCUGCUGCUUAUUUGUCCUUUUUCCCCUUUCUAUUAAAGCUGCUGUUCUUUCCUGGCCACUGCUCAUCAGACCCUCCCAUGAGCUGAUCUGACUUGCUAAGUAACACCACCACCCCAUGCUUUCUCUGCUGUUUUGUUCUCUUCUAUUGCAGUGAGCUGAAGCAGCUCAUAGAAGACAGCCUACAGAAGGGCCAGAGUGAGCCAGAGAGCAGGAAGCCCAUAGGUGGUGUCAGAGCUGCUGAUUUGACUCCCUGGGUCUUACAAAGCUGUGCUUUCAGACAGUUGUAUUUUGCACAUAAAGGUGAUGCGGUACUUCCUCACUGCCUGCCAGGCUGCUUUGCUCACCACUGCCGGUUGCUCCUCCCCCUGCCGGCUCUGGAGCUUACCUGGCAACAGAGGAGACCAUGUCAGGAACUGCAGCAAGAGGGAGUGGUGAUGUUCUGCCGCCUUAAAGAGCUGUGCAUUUCUCCCACCUGCUCCUUUGCUGGUGGCACAGCAGGCAGGUGCGUGCCAGCCACAGCAAAGGAGCGGGUGGGAGAAAGUCAUGCUGCAGGGCAGGAGUGGGCCCAGGGCUCAGCACGGUGAAGGGAGCAGGAAAGCA